AGAUCCUCAGCCCAGCACACUGCACUGCUACAGGCAAGGUAGAGCUACAGUCUGGCAUGUGCACGACACCGCAGUGGUUACCCUGAGGCCAAGAGGCACAGGGAGAGGUGGAUAGUUCAGUGUUAUAGUGGGGCAGAGCUACAGGUUGCUGCAGAAGGACUUCAUUUUCCGCUGCUUGACUGCCAACGCAUUUCAGCGUCUAGUAGCAGGAAAAGACUAAAAGCAGGUGGACUUUGCUGAGGCAAGAGGAACUGAAGUUUAGUUUGUGGUUGGAGAUGACAUUUAAGAGCAGAAUCACUGGUUGAUGGAGUUUGUGCGGCAGAGUGGUGACUACUGCCACGCCCAACACAUUUAGACCCUGGGAUGAAGCUGUACCAUGCAGUCCUGCAGCGCUGAAACCUGAAAGACUGCUGGCCUUUGCCUUCUGAACCAGCCAGCCCAUGGGGUAACAAGUGGAGCCUCGAUACUGAAAGCUAACUGGAGAGAGAAGGAAAGAGAACGCUACUGAGAGACAAAGAGAAAAAAAAGGAUACAGUCAACUGAUGGGUUAAUAGAAGACACCAGGAUCUCAGAAUUGGCAAAAUACCUGUGACGUUUAUAAACAGCAAACAGGAAGUUCCACACGAGACAGGAAGUCCAGAGUCACCUGGAGGCCUAAGUUGAAGACACAGCAGCUAACUGCUGCAGCUGGAGCUAAAGGUCAGAGGUCAUCCUGGGAUGUCAAAGGUCACACUGGCCACCAUGAACCGUCCUGCUCCAGUGGAACUGUGCCACAAGAACAUGAGAUUUCUAAUCACACACAACCCCACAGACAGCACACUCAGCUCCUUCAUAGAGGACCUGAAGCGCUACGGUGCCACCACAGUUGUUCGAGUGUGUGAUAUCACCUAUGAUAAAACACCUCUGGAGAAAGACGGCAUUAAUGUAGUGGAUUGGCCGUUUGAUGAUGGAGCCCCGCCUCCCAGUAAGCUGGUUGAUGAUUGGUUGAGUCUGCUGAAGAAGAAGUUUCAGGAGGAUCCAGGAUGCUGUGUGGCAGUUCACUGUGUGGCUGGACUGGGGAGGGCUCCUGUGCUGGUUGCUCUGGCUCUGAUAGAGAGCGGGAUGAAGUAUGAAGAUGCCAUUCAACUCAUCAGACAGAAGCGUCGCGGAGCCAUCAACAGCAAACAGCUCACCUACCUGGAGAAAUAUCGAUCCAAGCAGAGGCUCCGCUUCAAAGAAUCUCACGCACACAAGAACAAAUGUUGCACCAUGUGAACACACACACACCGACCCAGACAUCUUGUACCCCUCAACAACUGCUCUCAGGAAUCCAACCAUACGAGCCUUGUGUCACCAACACUAAAAUACACGGGCUUCAUUGGCCCAAGUGUACCCUGGGAAUUUUUGAAUGUUUUUACAGUAAUUGUAUCAGAACCCACCGUUGUUCCCUUAUUUGUUGUGAUUCUUUCAUUGGUAUGUUUGCUUCAUAACAAAGUUUAUGGUGAAGAACCUGGCAAAGAUGGAUGAGGGAGAGAAAAUCACAUAUGUUAUGGUUUGUAGCUAUUUGUUGAGGCAUAUCUGUUUUAUUAGAUAGUUCUGGAAAAGACACACAGUUGGGUCAGGGAUAAUGUGUUGAGGUGUGUGAAUCACAUUGAAAUUUUCAACAAGACAAAUCCAUACAGUAGCAUGUGCAUAUGGGGACACCUGGACAGGUUUGGUGUGGGAUUGAUUUGUUAUGAUAUAAACCUGGGCUACUGGCCUUUAAAACCUCAAAUCAUAUCAGGUAUUUUGUCAAAUAUACCACUGAAUUUUCAUUAUUUUGUACAGAUGUUUGAUAUGUUUAAAUUUCACCAUAAUCUUGGUAUACAAUUACCUACAGUAUUUCUGUGAGUGUUUUUUGAGAUUAUAUGGCAUGAAAAGCCCAUAGAGACACUUUUUAAACCAUUUUGGAAAAACAAAACUUAACACACUGAAGCAUAGGAAUAAAAGCAUGUUAGCUGCUCAAUGUUUUUACUAAAACUUGGUGUCAAUAUUCUAAGUUGACCCUCUCUCUUGCAUUAUUCCUGUCGUCUGUUCUCAGUGUAACUGUAGAUGUAAGGGCGCAUUUUCAUCCCAGCAUUUUCUGCCAUUUGCAAUCAACACCAAAAUCAUCUUCCAAAAUGCCAAAUGAAACAUUUUGGUAAACAUAAUGCCUUCAUUUGAGUUUGUCACAGUCACUGUUUUGAUAUUACUACAUUGCGCUUGUGUUUACAUAUGAGUGUGUGCAUUACAGCAUAUUUUGCUCUGUUUACUGACACCCACAGAAGGAAACGUCUUUGUUGGCAGCAGCUGAUCUCAAGCCAGGUUUAAGGUACAUAUGUAUAUUAUAAAAAACGAAAUGUUGAUUGUUCUACAGUAAUGAUACACACAAUUUAAAAUGACUGGGAGAUGUAAACUAGUUGUAAAUAAUAUUAAAUGAGGUAUCUCUGUUUAUCACUUUCAUUCUCCUGGAGGCCAGAGUGAGCCACUCCUCCCAUUCAUUGACGACAAAAAAUGUGCAAAGGAAAUCUAAUCAUUGCAGGUAUUACAAAAAUUGAUCUAUUCCCAUCAUAAAUAUUGCUCUGCAUCAACACAUCUUCAGACAAGCUUGCACAGUAUGUUCUACAUAUUUUCUCGUGGGGUGAAGUUUACUUAUUCAUUUGUAUUCUUCCUGAAUGAUGCAUGUAACUGCUUCUGACUCUUGCUUUAUUUUUCAUUAAAAAAUGAUACAAAUUCUUUUGCUGAUGAUAGAGCAUGCACUUUUUAUGAAGUAGAAUGUUGUUAUUGAUAGUCUUCUGAUCAUCUGUGCUAUAAAAAAACAUGAUGUCCUGGACAACAAUUUGCGAGAAAGAUGAGAGCAGCGGGUGUAAAGUAAAGAGGCAGUAGAGAUGCAGAGAAGACGACCCACCAUUGUUAACAAUGUUAACAAAUUGGAUAUGGUUCACAUGAGGUCUAAGUGUGUGUGUUUGGUAGUCUUUAGCUAUUUAUCAUUGGCACUGGCUUGAGCUGACACUUUUUUAAUGUAAAAAAUAAUCUAAUGCUGUAAAUGUCUGUAU